GCGUGAGGUUUCGUUUCGUUUGCUACUUUCAUGGCCAGUGACAGUGGAGGUGAAAGGGGACGAUGGCUUUGCAAGUCUACAUCUCCCACACCGGCAGUGUCUUGACUUUCCACGAUGUUGGUUCCCGAGUCGAAGGCCUGCGGUCGUGGAUCGAGUCGAAUACUGAGAUUCCGGCAAAUCGUCAAAUCCUCAUGACGCCUCGAGGCAAGAUAGUCAAGAACCUGUCCAACGAGAGCGAGAUAUAUGUCUACGAUAAACAGUUCCUUUCCUCCGAGUCGAAACCGUCCUCCAGACCCGCCAUCGAACUUCUACCUCUCCCCGACAUCCCUUCCUCCCUCGUGGACGAGAACAGCCUAAAAGCAUGGCAAGAUCUCUUCAUGGCCAGACGAGGCUGGGCGCUCGAAGCGUUCGAAAUUGCGAGGACUGGCGUGGAGAAUAUCGAAAUGUGUACAGACGAGGCCACUGUGAUCGCUCGGUCUAUGAACGUCGCGUUGGACAAUCUCCGAAUCCAUGUGAACAGUCUACAGCAGAAAUUCGACAGCACAUGCCAGUGGGCAGAGGAUUUGAUCCAAGACUUCCGAGGUGCUGUAAGAGACUGGGAAACGUGUGCGGAUACUCUGACUGAGUUACCGGUGCGCGAAGAUGUUGCCAAAAUCUUGCGGCGGCCAGAUGACCCUGGGCAUACACAGUCUCAAGCCCCGGUUGGCACAUUGUCCGAAUUGGUCGACCGUAAGCGGGCGCAAGCAGCUGCGGACAGUAUUGCGCAGAACAUAGAUGAAUUUGAGAAGAGCUUCCAAGAGUUGCGGUCAGGCAUUGAAAAGCUGAAAGAGGAUACCAACGAUGCGAAAACGAACGCCACAGAAGUGCCACAAUUUGACAUCAGCGCCCUUAUAGACGAAGCCGAGACUUUGGCCAAGCGGGUCAGCGCCGACUAUGAAGAAGUGAUCAAGAUGCAGGAUAUUCCAAAAUCAGUUGUGUCGGCGUCUCGGAAGGCUGCUGUUCACACUCGAGAUCUGCUGCCAGGUCUUCAGAAUCUGGUGGACGAAGUUGUUAUCGGAUCGAGAGCAGCAUCAGAGGCCAGGACUGUCGUUUCUGAUGACUGGUAUUCGACUUUGCAGAAGAUAUCGAGACUACAAUCCCGUCUUCAAGAGUUGCAGGCCGCUGUUUCGACACUAGACUUCCAGGACGACCAAACUUAUACAGUCCUAGAGCACGUAUUUCGACUACCUCUGGUCUAUGGGGCUACCCUGGUGGAAGCCACCAGAAGAUCAGAGUGGACAGAGCGUAUGAGGAUAGAAGUUGACAGCCUUCGCGAUGAUCUAUCUGAGCAGACCGAGGAAGAACAACGUCGUCGGAAGAGAUGGGCCUCUUCUCACGUGGACUUUUUGAACGAGGAUCUGAAUGCAAAGGACGCCCUGAUUGAUCUCAAAGCGUCUGCCCCGCGCAACUCUUGGCCCUUUGUCAAUAGAGACGAAAUAUUUGCGUGGAUCGACGACUUGCGAGCUCUAGGCAUCGACGAAGCUGUCCAAGGCAUUACUCAACGCAUGAAAGAUCUUGAUGCCCCCGCCCGUAAGCAGAAGGCCAGGCCAUUCAAGAAUGGCAGCAUUCACGACCUCAAGAGCAGUGGAGUUCUUCGUGACGGCGACGAUGUUAGGGGUUUGCAGGACGAGAAGACCAGAUUGGAGGAGAAAUUGCGUGCUUCUGACAGUCGAGUUCGUAAACUCGAAGACUUGCUGCACCGCCAAAGUCAAUCCAGCCGGCCAGCAAGUGGUAUGUUUGUUCCAGGCAGCGCUGCCGACUUUGAGCGACAGAUCCCGUCGCCUGGUCCAUUCCAGCGGCAGAGUGACCUGUCACGUAGAUCCUCAGUGUCAGGGAGACGACUGUCAAAUACUCAGGAUGAAAAGCCUUUAGUGCAGAAAAUCGUCUCUCUUGAAGGUCAAAUACAGAAACUACAAGAAGAGGCACACGAAGAGCGACGGUCGAGCACGGAGAGUCGGGACAAAAUGCAAGAAGCCGAAUUAGUCAAACGAGACUUGAUGGCAAACUUCGAAGCACAGAAACAGGAGUUUGAAGAAGAGCGGCAGCUUCUGGACGAUGAAGUUCAUCGCCUGAAAGUGAAAUUGGAAGAGGCAGAGGAUGAACUUGAUCGACUCAAUGAGUCGCGGGACCACCUUCGGAUGGAACAGGACCAGCUGGUGGUAAAUUUGAAACAUGAAGUAGAGCAGCUGAAGAAGGAGUCGACAGAGGAUGUGGCUCAAGCACAGCGAAGGAUUGAGGCGGCACAAAAAGACACCAUUACUCAACGCGAGCGGGCAGCGACCUUGGAACGUCAAUUGCAUCAAGUCAAGGACGAGCGCGCAGCUGCCCAAGGGCAAAACAUGACCCUUGCCAACCAGUUGAGGGCCAUCGAGGGCCAACAACACGAGUUUGUCACCAUCCUACAAGGCGUUCAUUCGAAUUUGUCUCCUGCAGGGUCUGCACCUGAGGAUAUCCGUCGCCUGGUCAACGCUCUAGAGAUCCUGUCUGAAGGUGCCGCCAUUCAUGCUCGCGGUCUCGAUGAUUCCUUGCAGCUUGCGACUGCGGAGAACAAAGCUCUGGAGGACAAGUUGAACCAUGCUGAAGCCCAGAUUAAAUCGAUGCUGGAACAAAUUUCCGCAGCUGAAGCACGAGUGAGUCAACUCCAGGAAGACCUAAAGCAGGAGAAAAGCAAAGUUUCCAUGCUUCGAACAGAGCUGGCUGGAGAACGCAUGGAAAUGGACAAUCUUCGACAGAAAUUUGCUGCUGGUGAAACCGGAUCGGACGCGCUGAAGCAACAGCUCAAAUCCGAGGAACAAAAGGUUGCUGACCUGAUGGACCACAAGGCUGAUCAUGAAAGCGCGAUCCAGCAUUUGAAGCACGAGAUUGAGAAUCACAUGCAUGAAAUGCAGGCAGCGACUGAGCGACAAGAAAAGCUGAAGAAGCAUUUCGACAAGCGAGGCGAGAAAGCCAAGCAGCUGUCAGAGCGCUUGUUCCACUACCAUGACCGUGUCGUCCGCAUGUUGGAACAAUUUGGAUACUCGAUUUCGCGACAAGAUGACGAAAUGGUUAUCCAGAGGGCAUCGAAGGCGAAUGCUAGCGCAGUUCUCAGUGGCAAUGAAGGAACCGGGCCGUCUAAUAUGAGACGGACUAUCUCAGGCAGCACCCCAGCCCCGCACUAUUCUGACCCAGCUGACCUGGAAACGCUAUACUGGAUGUCAGACAGUGACCUCGGAUCUGAGUCGACCAAAUAUAGUGGCUUCCUCACGGCUUUGCAACGUCUGGACGUGGACAGUACCAUCGACCUCAUCACCAAGCGAUACAAGGAUGUAGAGACGCUGGCCAAGAGGUAUCAAAAGGAGUCUCGUACAUAUCGCGAGCGAACUCACCGCAGCCAGGCUGAAGCCCAUGACAAGAUUGCAUACCGAAGCUUCAAAGAGGGCGAUCUUGCCCUAUUCCUUCCCACCCGCAAUAACGCGACUCGCCCUUGGGCCGCCUUCAACGUUGGAGCACCACAUUACUUCCUCAGAGAGCAAGAUGCACAUAAAUUGCAGGCGAGAGAUUGGCUAUUGGCACGAAUCACGAAAGUUGAAGAACGCAUGGUCGACCUAUCACGUAGCCUGUCGUCCGGACUGCGUGGAAAUUUGUCAUCCAGCGCUGCAGCUGAUGAUGGUGCGUCUAGCAAAUCGAUCGAUGACGAAAACCCCUUUGAGCUCUCGGAUGGGCUGAGGUGGUACAUGAUCGACGCAACCGAGGAGAAACUUGGUGCACCAGGGACACCGACUGUGGGCAAAUCAACAGUGACUGCGACCAACGUCGAGGUCCGAGGCCAUAUGGGCCGAAAGGAGCACAAAUCCGGACUCAGCAUUGGAGGAGCCAGUGGCAUCCCGACUGCCAGCAUGGUCACCAAGACAUUGACGAAGAGUUUGGAUAGUCGGAGAUCGAGCUCAGGAAGCAAGAAAAGCGUGGACGUCAAGGCCAAGCAAGACGGGACCAGCGGGAGAGGUAGCAGUGUUAAGGAUAUGCCCGCUAAAGCUGCCACCCUUGCCCCCAUCGCAAGUGACACGGAUACCGAACAAGUCAAGAAAGCUGCCAAGGAGGAGACAGGUACAGACGCCGAUGAUGAGAACGAGAACCAGCAAGCAGCACCAGGCUCUAGCACGGCCCCCCAAGCUGGAACGGCGAGUUUCGUCCGGCAGCCCACUGCGGCCAGCCAGACGGAUAGGGAGGAUGCACAGGUUUUUGAAGUGACCGGCCAGUCGCCAUUAACAUUGAGGGGGGCAUCCCAAUCUCCCUCGAGGCAGAAGGUUUCGACUCUGAGGCAGGGUGCGAGCCCGGCAAAGAGCAAUCCAUCGCCAGCCAAGGCUAGACCAUGGGACAGACUGUUUAAUGUCGAAUUCCGGUCUUGACUGUGGAUGGACCUAUAAUAGGGUAUUUACCCUGCGGUCGUUGGACCAACCAUGGUGGUCUUCACGCCUUAGGAAGUGCAGAAUCGGCAUAGGAAUUCACCGUAGAGUGUGAUCUAUGACAUAACCAAUCACGUGAUACCAUGGAGCUGUGUUCUUUGGCAUUGACAACUCUGCCACGGCCAAGGUCAAAGAAAUGAUUUGAUGCACUAGCUGCGUAGAGUAUAUCGGGAUGAGAUGCGACCUGGGAAGAGGUUCCAAGGUCAAGAGGGCAGUGGUCUGCGUAGCACAUGGCUGCCCUGGCUUAUCUUGCUUUUGCGUAAGAGAAAUAAUGGGCUACAGGUACUCCGUAGAUGGUGCGCCAUCAUGAGAGCAGAGAGAACUGUGGGUAUUACAUGACGUUAAUUUCUGACGAGCAAGUAAUGUGUGCCAUAUAAGACAAAGCUGUGCCCAGUAAAAGGCCCUUGACGAG